ACCACCUCCUGUCACAUGAUGCGGGUCGCGAAUGACUUCACGCUCUGUCAUGGCUGCACGAGACAUAAACAUGCCAGUGGUUCUGUAAUUCAGAGCAUUAAACCAGUGCGAUGGUUAAAAAAGCGGCCAUAACAAAUAAUUUUGACUUGAGCUUCGCUAUAUGAAAUUGGUUGGUCAUUGUUUGAGCGGUUAGCUGUGUUGUAAAUCAUAGGAAAGAUUCAAUCAUGCAGUCUGAAGCCGUCCUGGAGCAUCACGGCAGCUCACAGAGUUCCUGCAGGACGGGCUCCAAAUCAUGGCAGUACAGUGAUCUGAUGGAAAAGGUGGAUGGGUAUUUGAUGAAGUACACCAAUCUUGUGACUGGAUGGCAGUAUCGAUAUUUUGUGCUCAACAAUGAGGCAGGGCUGCUGGAAUACUUUGUUAAUGAGCAGUCCAGGAAUCAGAAGCCCCGGGGCUCGCUGCCGUUAGCCGGUGCAGUGAUUUCCCCCAGCGAUGAAGAUUCACACACCUUCACUGUCAAUGCCAUCAGCGGAGAGCAAUACAAACUCAGAGCCUCAGAUGCAAAGGAGCGUCAGCACUGGGUCAGCCGACUGCAGAUCUGUGCGCAGCACCACACGGAGGCGAUGGGCAAGACAAACCCACCACUUCAAUCUCGCAGUCUCUCCAUGGCAUCUCAGGGCAGUGGCAGCUCUCCAGGAUCUCAACACAGGAUCAACCAGAACUCAAACGCCCUGUUGGGCCUGUCCCAGCUGCAGCGCGGCUCCUCUCUUUACUCCAGCAGGAAAUCGCUGCUGCCUGAUCACUUGCUGGAGGCCAGAGAGAUGAUGAGCCAGGCGCAGGGCCAGCACAGAGACCUGAUCCAGAGUAUUGAGGGUCUACCCUCCUCCCAAGGUCCCUCUCCCUUGGAUCAAGACCUGCUGCUGCUGAAAGCCACCUCUUUGGCCACUAUGACCUGUCUCAGUGACUGCUUGCAUAUCCUGCAGCUCCAACAAGUGGCUCGGCAGAAAAUUCCUCUCGCUGGCUCUGCACUUGAGUGGCUGGAGCCAAAACUCCCCGACAUCCUGAAGAAUGGAGGGACGCUCCCUAGCAUCACCAAAGAUGACGGUAAAACAGUGGGAACCGUUCUAGAACCUUUAGAAAUGGACUCCUGUGAUAUUGCUGGGGAGCAGGAGGAGAUUGAUGCCACGCAGGAGGUGGACGAUUCCUCUCCGGUCGAGGAGGAGGAUCUUGGUGCUGUCGAAGAGGAGCGCAGCGUCAUUCUGCACCUCCUCUCUCAGCUGAAACUGGGCAUGGACCUCACCAGGGUGGUCCUGCCUACUUUUAUACUGGAGAAGCGCUCCCUCUUGGAAAUGUAUGCAGACUUCAUGUCCCAUCCGGACCUUUUCGUGGCCAUCACAGAUGGCUCCAGCCCGAUGGACCGCAUGGUCCGAUUUGUGGAGUAUUACCUCACUUCCUUCCAUGAAGGUCGCAAAGGUGCCAUUGCCAAGAAGCCCUACAACCCCAUCAUCGGAGAGACCUUCCACUGCUCUUGGAGCGUACCCAAAGCGACAACACCUCCGACAGGUGUCCUGAAAGAGGGGACCUCGUGCACGUCAGACUGCUACAAUGUCCGCUUUGUGGCUGAGCAGGUUUCCCAUCAUCCCCCUGUCUCGGGCUUCUAUGCAGAAUGCCAAGAGAGGCAGAUGUGUGUCAACACGCACGUGUGGACCAAAAGCAAGUUCAUGGGCAUGUCCAUUGGCGUCUCUAUGAUCGGAGAAGGUAAUCUACACCUAUUAGAGCAUGGUGAAGAAUACACCUUUAGUCUGCCAUCUGCUUACGCCCGCUCUAUCCUCACUGUGCCCUGGGUGGAACUGGGAGGAAAGGUCAAUGUCAACUGCACCAAGACGGGCUACUCUGCAGUCAUCACCUUCCAGACAAAGCCUUUCUAUGGGGGCAAGCUGCACAGAGUGAACGCGGAGGUCAAACACAACCCCUCCAACUCUGUGGUGUGCCGCGUGCAGGGCGAGUGGAACGGUGCGCUGGAGUUUACCUACACCAGCGGGGAGACCCGUGUCGUAGACGUUACCAAGCUCCCCGUCACCAGGAAAAGAGUACGGCCCAAUGAGCUGCAAGGACCCUACGAGUCCAGGAGAUUGUGGCAACACGUGACAGAGUCUCUGAAGGAAAGGGAUAUGGAUAAAGCCACGGAACACAAGCGUUUCCUGGAGGAAAGGCAGAGGAAAGAAGAGAGGCAUCGUGUAGAGACGCAGACAGCAUGGAGGACCAAAUACUUUGAGCGCAAAGGUGAAGGCUGGGUGUAUUACCAACCACUGUGGAAAACGGCAACCCAUAGCUCUUCCCCAGUUCCCCCUCCACAAAAUCCAUGACCUCUGACCUUUUACGAGCUGAGUUCAGGCACUGUACAGCCUCCUGCUGUAGUAAACCUCUGGUCCAGUGUUCCUUCUCUCACAGAUGAAGACAUACACUCUCCUUUGUAUGAUUCCUGAAACAUAACUUCAAUUUGAGUGUUUGUAACGCUUUGUGGACUUGCAGGUUUGCACUCUGAUGUUUAUAUUUUGCAUCCCUCGAUGGUAAGGUUUUUGUAGAACUACACAGUGAAUGAUUUCUCCAAAUCUGCACACAGAUAUUCUUUGUUGAUGUUGCCUUAACAAGUGUCGUAUGUAAGGAGGGCCGAGUACAGUGUGAUGGUUCUUAACGUGGGAUUGUGUUUGAGGUGAACUUCUUAAUCUGACCAUACUGUGGUAUACUGUAUUUGACCACGGUACAGUCAAAUUUUUCUGAAUCUUUUAAAAUCGUAUAGGAAUUAUCAUGAUUUAUAUAUCAAAUGAAGUGCAGGAUUAGUAAGCUCAUUCAAGCUCAUAGUUGAGUUCAAAAGGACAGCUGUGUCGAUAACUGGCGAAGAUGUUGUUAUUGCUUUUUCGCAGCUGGAGUCUUGAUGAGAGAGGAAUCGUUGGCUUGGCUUUCGUAUUAUGCUGUCUUUUUCUCAUUCUAGCUCUGGUAAAUGAAGCUUGCAGGCGCUAUACACAAAAUGUGAGCCAGAUCAAAGUGUUCGGGUCGAGGCCUGCUCUUCUGAUUCUGCUGGAUGUUCAGUGAACAGUUAUGUUGGCUUCAGAGAUUUUAAAGGGAUAGUUCACCCCAAAAUUUAUGUUAUGUCCUCAUUUACUCACCCUCAUGUCAUUUAAAAUGUGUAAGACUUUCUUUCUUUUGUGGAACACAAAUAUGUUUUUUUUUUUAAAUCAAUACAAUGAACGACAACAUUCUUCGAUUUAUCUACUUGUGUUCCGCAGAAGAAAAGUCAUACAGGUUUGGAACAACAUUGCUCCCCCUCAUAUUCUUACCUAAGUAGAUAGCACUAUAUUGCAAGUCUUCUAAAGUCAUAUGAUGAUUUGUGUGAGGAACUGACUGAAAUUUAAGCUAACUGGUAUCAUUGAAUAUCAUUUGCCCUGUUAACUUCAACAGCUUAGACUUUGGUUGGCCCUGCUGAAAAAAACAAAAACAAACUUAAAACCAGCCUAAACACCAGCCUGGUUUUAGAGGGGGGUUUUUUUGGCACUUUUCUGCUGGUCAGAGUGAAAGACCUGCUAAGAUCACUGAACUAUAGUUGUAUAUAAGUUUUAUAGAGCACUUGUAUGGUGUUUUUUUGGAUCUGAGAGGUACAGUAUAGGUCAAAACUAACUUUGCCUGUAUGGAAAAGAGAAGCUUGGACAUUCUUCCUGACAACUCCUUUUAUAUUUCAUGGAAAAAUCAAAAAAUAAUACAAGCUUUGGAAUGACAUGAGGGUGAGUAAAUGAAGCCAGAAUUUUCAUUUUUGAGCAAACUCUUCCUUUAAGUGCAAUCAGAUGUGUUUAUAGCAUGUGUUCCUUGCAGAAGGUUCAGGUUUUAGUUAGCUGAUCAUGAUAGUAAGAUUUUUUUCGUUUGUUUGUUUUAACCAUGUGAAAUUUGAGGUUUCAAAGUUGUUCAAAAUUUUGUGUUUAAACGCUUCAUCGUUUGAUCUGCCAGCUGAGGACAGUUGCAGUGACGGUGCUGGCUGAAGUGUUACGUCUCUCAUAUAAUCUCUGCUUCAGCCCUGGCAUUGGUUGCGCUGAGAAACUUGUGGUGCCUUAUUUGUGUUAGUCUUCCUCCUGUUCCACCUCACAGCCGUCAGCUUUCUCAUUAAAACAGAGUAAGACUGAAGCCACAGCCUUUGUAUAUAUAUCUUCUGUCAAUUUCCUGUCAGCAAAACACAGAAUUCCCACAAAGUUUUUCGUACAUCAGCUGUGCUCUCCACUCAAGUCAUUCUGCUGAGCCAUCAACUGCACUGAUGUUUUAAAUACACUCCCUGUAGCCUCAGAAAAUAUGAUUGAAAAAAUAAAAUGGUUAAUAUAUUGGA